UAAGGGAUCGUCAGCGUUUGUGGGAGCGGAGGCGUGCGGUGCGGAGUGUGGAGUGUCGGCGGUAUCGGAGGAGAAUCAGAAACCCGGGGGAAGGGAGAGACCGGGGGUAAGAGAGUGAGGCCAGUGGGACCGGGGGAGAGAGAGUGAUUCCGGGUUCAGAAACCGGCGAGAGACAAACAGAGACCGGAGCGAACUGCCUAACCCUGACCAUGGCUGGGGCGAUGGCCAUUCUGGGCUCCUCGAUUCUGGCCCUCCUGCUGGCUGGGUAUUUGGCUCAGCAGUACCUUCCCCCACCCAAACCAAAGGUGAUCGGCGUGGAUCUUGGCACCACCUACUGCUCAGUUGGUGUGUUCCACCCGGGCACUGGCAAUGUGGAGGUGAUUGCGGACAAGGCUGGGCGGAAGAGCCUGCCUAGCAUGGUGUUGUUCACCAACCAAGAGGUACUGGUCGGGUACGAUGCGCAGGAACUUGCAGAUGCCAACCCACUGAACACUGUGUACGAUGCCAAACGCUUCAUAGGGAAGCAGUUCACGCCAGAGGAGCUCAGAGCCGAAAGCAGCCGCUACCAGUUUAAGAUCCUCUACAAUAAGGGGAAUGCUGAGUUCUCAAUUACUGCUAACGAAUCGCUGAGCAUCACACCUGAGUACAUCGGCUCUCGGUUGCUGUUUGAACUGAAGAAGAUGGCAGAGGGCUAUCUGGGGGUACCAGUGAGCAAAGCUGUCAUCUCAGUACCAGCAGAGUUUGAUGAGAGGCAGAGGAACUACACGGUGAAAGCUGCACAGCUAGCGGGACUGGAUAUUCUGCGGGUGAUAAAUGAGCCGACUGCAGCGGCCAUGGCGUAUGGCCUUCACAAGGUGGAUGUUUUCAAUGUGCUGGUGGUGGACUUGGGGGGUGGCACCUUGGACGUAUCCCUGCUGAACAAACAGGGUGGAAUGUUCCUCACCAGAGCAAUGGCAGGUAAUAACCAGUUGGGCGGCCAAGAUUUCAAUCAGAGGUUGCUGCAGUUCCUGUUUAACCAGAUACAUCAGAGAUAUGGUACUGUGCCAACUGACAAGCAAGAUGUGCACCAUCUGCGCCAGGCUGUUGAAGCGGCUAAACUAAACCUGACCCUGUACGACUCAGUGCUGAUCCGGGUACCACUGUCACUGCCAGGGUCCCGUGAGGCAGGAGGUGAGCCUGGAGGUGGCAGCAGUAAAGUUUUGUUCGAAGAAACGGUGACCAGGGACCUGUUUGAAGCACUGAACCAGGACCUGUUCAAGAAGAUCCUGGACCCAGUGGAGGACGUGCUGUCCCGUGGUCACUUGGGCCGGUACGAGGUGGACGAGAUUGUCCUAGUUGGUGGCUCCACCCGUAUCCCGCGGAUACGCCAGGUCAUCCGUGAGUUCUUUGGCAAGGAGCCAAACACUUCAGUGGACCCAGACCUGGCGGUGGUGAUUGGUGUUGCCUUACAGGCAGGGAUCAUGGGUGGCUCUUGGCCGCUGCAGGUCAGUGCGCUGGAGAUACCCAACAGGCAUUUACAGAAAGUGAACUUCAACUAAAUGGAUUCCUUUUUUUUCCCCCCUCAAUGUUAGUCCUAAUGGAUUGGAAGGCAACUUUUUAUUCUGUCUCCCUCUCUGGAUUGGAGGUGGAUGAGUGAGCAGUUAUUUUUAAAACAAUAACCCAUCUCUGCAGAAGACCCUCCCAAGCUUCUGUUAAAUCAUUCCGCAAAGCUGAUUACUGUAAAUUUUGAGAGUUUUGCUUUUUCAGCUCUUUGGAGUUCUGCAUUCCGCAUUCCUUUUUUUUAGAAAAAGAAGCACUUCAUGAUCGAACUGGAUCUUAUUUAUGCGAGGACAGCGUUCACAUACUAUUAGGUUAGUCACCAGGUUUUGCUGCCUGUUGAAAUCCUUGCAGCCUUUAACGAUUUGCACCAUUUUUAUUUCCCCUUUUGUUCUCACUAAUGACUCCCUGUAUCACACUGACUCAUUCUAUUCCCUGGCAUCUAGCCAAGAGACCCUCCUGGACUUCUGCCACUACCCAUGCUGUUCCUGUUCUGAACCAAUCUCAGCUUCCUCGUAGAAUUGGGCUCGACUGCCACCGGUCCUGGUGACAGGAAAAGAUUGGCUGUGUGUGCCCCUGCUCUGGACACUGGAUGCAUGGUGAAGAGCAGCGCUGACCUUGACCUGCCAACAGAUUUAUUAAACUGGCUGUCAAAGAAUGAGCAACCUUCAGAGAGGGUACGGAAGCAGGAAGUUGCUUCUUGAUUGGAGAUGUCUGCAAGAGGGAGGAAUGUUGGUAGUAAAAGAUAGAGGAUUUAAGAAAGAAGGUUCAGUAAAUAGAUUGACAGUGAGUUGGCUAAUGAAGGAACUGAGUGGAAGUUUUGAGAGGGCCAAAAAGGAUCAUCUUCUAAGGAUUCACCCAACAGACAGGGGAAGUGGGAACAAAAGAUCAGUGAUUCUACCUGAAAGAAGGUUUGUUUAUUUAAAAAUAAUUUUUAUACUUGUGUUGUUUUACUUGUUAAAAACAGUGCCGUAAUCAAGAAAUGUGAAGGUAAAUUGAUUUUAUUAAAUAUAUAUUUAUAUAUAUUCUUAAAAUUUUAUACACAAAGCAAAUUGUCUUUAUGAAUCAAACCUGAAUUGAAGACCAUUUUUGUCUUUGGUGCAGAUCUGCUUCAGAAAAUCAUUGCAAUGGGUAAACAUUUAAUAAAUUAUCCCCUGUGUUCUGCUCUGGGAUAGUCAGUCUAGGGCAGUCAUGCUUAGAUAUUUUGUUUUAAUUUAUUCUUGGAAUGUGACUAUAACUGGGAGCUCAGUAUUUAUUGUCCGUCCCUAAUUACCCUCAUGGUGGUAAGCUGGCUAUUUGAUCCAUUGCAGUUCUUGUGAGUAAGCAAAUACACAUUGCCCUUUGGGUGAGAAUUUCAAAGGAUUUUGACCUGUUACCAGUGAAGAGACGGUGAUAUAGUCCCAACCCUUGAUGUGUUUGUUAGGGAAGAUAAUUUGCAUGUGGUAGUGUUCCUAUUUGCCCGAGCAAGUUGGUAAAAUGCACUUUGUAGAUGAUGGUGGAGGGAGCAGUUAUCUCGAGUGGUGUAUAGGCUGUUAAUCAAUGAAACUGCUUUGCCCUGGAUGGUAGCUAGUUACUUCAGUAUGCAACUGCACACUUUCAGACAAGUGGAGAUUAUUCCAUCAUAUUCCCUAAUCUGCUUUGUUCACAUUGGUAGGAAUGUAGUUUUCACAGAUCCGGGAUAUCUGUGGGGUUAUUGUGUCACAGCAACACUUUGACAUUCAGAAGCGCUGUCUGCAGCUGGGAGCCACAGUUGCUGUUGAGCAGGGCUGGGGAAAAGGCUUGAGAAUGGGUUAUGCUUUGUAAAAUUUUACAAAAUAGAGAUGAUGUUCUUGUCGGUUAAGUAAGUAUAAAUAACAUGAUGAAAAAUCACUUUUUAAAAAAAAAUCAUUUGUGGAAUGUGGGCUUGUCUGUUUGGCCAGCAUUUAUUCCCUGUUUAUAGUUGCUCUUGAGAAGAUGCAGGUGAGCUGCUUUCUUGACUGCUGCAGUCUGUCUGCUGUAAGUGCUGUUAGGAGGGGAGUUGAAGAAUUUUGAACUGGUACAGUGAAGUAAUGGUGAAUGAAGUUCCAAGUUGGAAUGAUGUGAUUGUUCCCUAUGCAUCUUCUGCCCUUCUCUUUCUAGGUGAUAGAGAUACUAGGUUCAAAGCAUAUGCCUGUGCAUAUACACCCCACAAUAUUCUAGUCUGCUUCUGAGGCAAACGGUACAGGACUAACUCUAAAUGCAGUUACUGCUUGCCACACGGCAUUUGUUUUGGAAACCUCUUGCGCACUCGUCUCUGUGUAAUUAUCUUUCACACCUCGCUGUAAUCUCUGUCUGUCCUCACUGUCUGUCCGUGGUCCUCAGUACUUGGAAAAUCGUGGAACAGCAGGCACCAGGAGGGGAGAGAGACAGACCAAGAAGGAGGGGGAGAAACUCUCAAAGCCCCGUUGAGAGAUGUGUACCAUUGCUGUAACUGGUCUUCCUGCUCGCUGAAUUCCAGUCUACACUCUGGCCAUGACAUCUUGAUGUUUGACAUGACAUCUAGUUGUACAAGUUGAUACCACACAACGUAAUGUGAUUAUAGCAAUAACAGGAGGUAGGAGCUGUGUCCUUUUGUAAUAUGUUUGCAUUCAUGAAUAUUUCUUCAAAAAUUUUAACAACGCUAAGGCUGAGAGAAAUGUUUUGGGGCUCUUAUUGUUCAGGGUUUGGAGUGUUGCUUCACUUAAAACAAUUUAAUUUGAUCAUUUAAGGUGUUCCACAGCUGCAAAGGGAUGAGAAUAAAUUUCAGUUUUGUUCCGGUGCCAAUCUUCACAGGAGAACCUGUUCCCUCCCGAGGCCUCCAAGUGUUGAUUCUGUAAUCAUCACAAUUCCACAAUAACUGGGCCCAGAAAGUGGCCACUUGGCCAAUCAGCCUCAAGUGGUAACAAAUUCCACAUUCUUGCCAUUCUGCUGAAAGAAGUUUUCUCCUGAAUCCCUCAUUUGUGUUUAUUGCUGUUGAAGAGAAUGAAGUACUGCCUCCAUUAAAGCCACCUUGUGAAGUAAUAGUAUUUUACAUCGAAUUGUGCAGCAGUGAAUGAGGCCAUUCAGCCCAUCAAGUCCAUGUCGACUCUUUUUGAAAGAAUUGUUUAAUUAGUUGCACUCCUUCCCUCCUAGCCCUGCAGAUGUUUGUUUUGCCCUCUAGUGUUUUUCUAAUCUUUCUUUUAUCGAAAGUUUCUCUUGUAUCUGCUUCCACCAUGCUUUCCAGACGGAUGAUUCCAGCAAUUCUAUUUCGAAAUCCUAGUUCACACUUUAAGUAAGUUCUGGAAAGUGUAAUUUAUCAUUCAGUGAAAUCUCAGUGACAUUUGAUUUCCUCCUCCUCCCACUCCCUGCUUUGCCUUUCCAGAUUCCCCUCACCAGCAGUUGUGGUGGGUAACGUCAACAUUGUCCUACAUCUAAGGAAGCAGUGUCUUUUGUAUGUUUUAUAAAUUUUUUUCCUCUGUUUCGCUUUAGUGAAUACAGUCCAUUGGAGUGGUCUAGCCCUGUGGGAAGAAUUAAGACCACUGUUGUCAUUCUACCCCACCCCCUCCCCAGCUGAUUGUCAUUCAAGUGUCCUGUAUCCUACUGAAGGCUCAGUUGGUGUGUCUCCAUCCUGUGGGCAUGUGAUGCUAUUUGGCCUCACAUAUUGGGAAUUUACGUUAACUUGGUAUGGUCAAAAAUGCCAGCCCACCCAGUUCUCCACUGAUGGAAUUUCUGCUGAUCUUCUGCCAAAGUGUAGUAGCUGUCCUGCCUUCACAACCACCACUUCAAGGCAUCUACAGGGUUGAAAUUAGUUACAAAGACCCAAGCACCUAGAAGCUGAUUUGAUCAAGAUCUGAGGUUCCUCCAGUUGUCUGGAACAUGUUAUACAGUAUCUGUAUGAGAAAAUACUGUAAGGUUUAAUUUAUUGUACUUUGUACGAUUACUAGUAUUGCCUUUGUACGUUUCUGAAGCCUUGACUGAAGAAUAAAUUAAAA